GAUACGUUGGGACUCGGGAGCACAUGCUGGUGACGUCAGCGCUGACUUCCGCUGCGGAAGCCGCGUCUGAUGUAAACAAAGCAGAAACAACUCUUCACGUAGAAACAAUAGAAUCUGUGUCAAACAUGUACGCGCGUGGAGUCUGAUCCAGGCCCGGGACCAGGACGAGGACCAGAACUGGAACCAGCACCAGAACCAGAACUGGAACCAGGACCAGAACCAUGUCAAUGGAAGAUCCGUUCUUCGUCGUCAAAGGGGAGGUGGAGAAGGCAGUGAACGCAGCACAGAGUCUUCAUCACAGAUGGAGGGAGCUGCUGCAGGAGGGGGGCGGAGCCUCCACACAGGAAAUGGACUGGACAACCAAUGAGCUGAGGAACAGUCUGCGCUCCAUCGAGUGGGAUUUAGAAGAUUUGGACGAGACCGUCAGCAUCGUUGAGUCAAACCCCAGGAAGUUUAAUCUGAACGCUGCCGAGCUUUCAAAGAGAAAAGCCUUCAUCACUGUCACCAGACAGACACUGCAGGAAAUGAAAGAGCAGAUGUCGAGUCCAGCAGCUUCGUCAUUGGACAGAAAUAACAAACAGGGACCGUCAUGGCGACCUGGUGCUGAUAAAUUCAUCCGUCUGGAUCAACAGCUGCAAAACGCCAACUCUCACUUCAUCGAGGAGCAGAACGUUCAGCAGCAGAUGAUAGCAGACCAGCAGGAUGAGCAGCUGGAGCUCGUGUCAGGAACAAUUGGAGUUCUGAAGAAUAUGUCGGAGCGGAUUGGCCUGGAGCUGGACGAACAGUCUGUGAUGUUGGACGACUUCAGUCAUGAGAUGGACAACACUCAUUCUAGACUGGACAAUGUUAUGAAGAAACUGGCCAAAGUGUCUCACAUGACCAGUGAUCGGCGUCAAUGGUGCGCCAUCGGUGUGUUGCUCGUCAUCCUCUUCAUCGUCCUCCUUCUCUUCUUCAUCCUCUGAAUGAUGAUCACAACCAAACAGACUCGACUGAACUCUGAUCUCUAUGAGUUUCCUCUGGCUUUCAUAUUGUGUUCAUAAAGUACAGUAUUACACAUCACAGCAUUCAGCUGGACUCUCCUAGACCCUUUUGGACUCUUCUGGACUCUGCUGGACCCUCCUAGACUCAGCUGGACUCAGCUGGACCCUCUUGUGGCGAGUUUCCACCGGCUCUACUCGCUUCGCCUUGCCACGGCACGGUUAAGUUGCGCUUCCACUAGCAUUUUUUUAGUACCUGCUCUGGCGAGGUUCCAAGCACGGUGAGUAGGUACUACGCGUGACGUCGCCAGACUGCCGGCCACUGAUUGGUCAGAGACGUCUGACACAGAAAUCAAACCGAACAAUGCCGAACUGUAGAUCAGUUAAAACAAUUUAGCAAUCCUAGAAACGUGGCUUAAUCUCCAACAAUUACCAGGGAAAUGUCUAAAAUCUCAAUAUUUAACAGAGGAGUCUGGUGUAUUUAGCGACAGCACUGCUGAUCGCGACCAGCGACCGGCAUCACAAACCCUGCUGCUGCAUUUCAGUCCAGUGACUAUGUCAGGUGGAGUCUCUGCUCCAGUCAUGGAGGAAGUGCUGAACAAAUACAAACAACAAACAACUGCUUUACAAGUCACUAUCACUCAUUUGUGUGUGUGUAUGUGUUGCGUGUAAAACGAAGUCACCGCAAUUUCACACAGCCAUGCAGUGACGACUCCGCCCACGUUGAAUAGGUACUUUUUUUGUAGUGGAGAUGUAACCUAAACUGUGCCGUGUUGUGCCGUGCCGAGGCGAGGCGGGUCUAUAGUGGAAAAGGGCCAUUGGACUCAACUGGACCCUGGACUCAGCUUGACUGUCCUAGACCCUUCUGGACUCAGCUGGACUCUCCUAGACCCCUCUGAACUCUAAUAGACUCAGCUGGACUUUCCUAGAUCCAUCUGGACUCUUCUAGACUCGGCUGGGCUCUCCUUGACCCUUCUGGACUCUGCUGAUUAAGUUUUAAAAUGUUUAACUUUAGUUAUGCACUAGUUUAAAUCUGGUUUAACUUGACUUUUAAACAUUUAAAUUUAUAUUAUAUACUAGUUGAAUCUUUAUCACAGUUUAACUCACUUCACUCCAGUUUAACUUGAAUUUAGUAGUAGUUUAACUUUUCACUGAUUAUUACAAUCAGUGAAAAGUUAAACUGUUUAAUCCUGGUUAGUUGACUUUGUAAACACUACAUAUUUGUGUUGUUAUUUUGUUUUUAUUGACUUAAAUUGACUGAAAAUCUUAGUGUUUGUUUUGUUGUUUACUUCUUGUUUAUGGAUUAUUGGUCUCUGUUCAUUUGUGAACUUGUAUUUUAGGCUCCGUUCAGAUCUGGUGUUAAGAUCUGGUCUCAGUAAGACUGUUCACACCUAACGUUAACGCUUAUCUCCUGUGGUCACAUGAUCACAUCUGUGUGUGCGUGUGUGUGUGUGUGUGUGUUCCGCUGCUGUAACAUGACAUUGUUACCAUGAGAAAAAUAAAUUAUGAAGAUUAGACCAAAUAUUGUGACGUUGGCUACAAAUAAACGAACAUAUUGUCUCUGAUUAGUGUAUACAAUAGUGAAACUGCUGCAGGUCAGAGGACGUCAGCUGAGGAGGCGGACGCGCUAAUCGUCCUGCCUGAGGACAGAUUGUUUCAUGAUUGGUUCAUGCUCAGUCCUCAAACAUGUCCUCAAACCUUUGAAUGUGAUCAGUCAUGUGAUAAGAUGGGUAAGGUCAGGUGUGAACAGCUCUUCAGCUGAGACAUCAGGAGGACGUUUGUUUGUGUUUACGGUACGAUUGUGAUCUUAUUUACAUUUAAAGUUCAUACAUCAGAAACAUAAAUACAGUAAGAAACAUAAUCCAUCACAGUUUGUCCUCUGAAGAAAAUAAAACCAGAAUCUUCAAAACAUUAA